AUGGUGUGUGAGAAAGAAGAGCAGAAUUCUCAGCAAGAAAAUGUUGAGCAAGUGGAUAAACACAGAGAAUUAUCGCAAAGAUUGAAAAGAAAUGCAUCCAGGAGUCACGAGCAGGGAAAAUCCUGUGAGACUCAUCACAGACCAGAAAGAGAACAGGGAAACCAGCCAGGGGAGGAGGAGGGUAAGUUAAUUUCAAGUCAGGGAAUUCACAAGGACCUCAAGGAAAUCACAACACAGCAGGAAAUCUUCCAGGGAAAGAGAGAAAAAACAUGCACUAAGCGUGGGGAAAAUGUACGUGACGACUCAGCCCUUAUAAAGCAUCAGAGAACCCAUGCAGGAGAGAGGCCCUAUGAAUGCAGUAAGUGUAGGAAAACCUUCAAUCACAGUUCAAAUCUUUUUAGGCAUCAGAGAGUCCACACAGGAGAGAGGCCCUAUGAAUGCAGUAAGUGUGGGAAAAGCUUCACUCGCUCUUCAGGCCUUUUUCAGCAUCAGAGACUCCACUCAGAGGAGAGGCCCUAUGAAUGCAGUAAGUGUGGGAAAAGCUUCACUCGCUCUUCAGGCCUUUUUCAGCAUCAGAGAAUCCACUCAGAGGAGAGGCCCUAUCAAUGCCGUGAGUGUGGGGAAAAUUUCACUACCCGUUCAGCUGUUUCUGAACAUCAGAAAAUCCACACCAGCGUGAGACCCUAUGAAUGCCGUGAGUGCGGGAAAACCUUCAAUCGCAGCUGGACCCUUAUUCGGCAUCAGAGAAUCCACACAGGGGAGAGGCCCUAUGAAUGCAGUGAGUGUGGGAAAAACUUCACUCACAGUUCACACCUUAUUAGGCAUCAGAGAAUCCACACAGGGGAGAGGCCGUAUGAAUGCAGUGAGUGUGGGAAAAGCUUCACUCACACUUCAGGCCUUUUUCAACAUCAGAGAAUUCACACCGGGGAGAGGCCCUAUCAAUGCCGUGAGUGUGGGAAAAGCUUCACUACCAACUCAGCCCUUUCUGAACAUCAGAGGAUUCACACAGGGGAGAGGCCCUAUCAAUGCCGUGAGUGUGGGGAAAAUUUCACUACCCGUUCAGCUGUUUCUGAACAUCAGAAAAUCCACACCAGCGUGAGACCCUACGAAUGCCUUGAGUGUGGGAAAACCUUCAGUCGCAGCUCGACCCUUAUACGGCAUCAGAGAAUCCAUACAGAGGAGAGGCCCUAUGAAUGCAGUGAGUGUGGGAAAAACUUCACUCACCGAUCAGCCCUUUCUGAACACCAGACAAUCCACACCGGUAUGAGACCCUAUGAAUGCAGUGAGUGUGGAAAAACCUUCAGUCGCAGCUGGACCCUUGUUAGGCAUCAGAGAAUCCACACAGGGGAGAGGCCCUAUAAAUGCAGUGAGUGUGGGAAAAACUUCACUCACCAAUCAGCCCUUUCUGAACAUCAGAAUAUCCACACCGAUGUGAGACCUUAUGAAUGCACUGAAUGUCAGAAAACCUUCAAUCGCAGGUCGCACCUUAUUAGGCAUCAGACAAUCCACACAGGAGAGAGGCCCUAUAAAUGCAGUGAGUGUGGGAAAAACUUCAUUAGCAGUUCAGUCCUUUCUGAACAUCAGAGAACCCACACAGGGGAGAGGCCCUAUGAAUGCACUGAGUGUGGGAAUACCUUCUCUUGGCACUCAGCCCAUGUUAGACAUCAGAGAAACUGCAAGGGAGAUCAGGACCGUAAAAACCUCUAGGGCUAUCUGUACUUUUUUUCUUAGAAUAUCAGGGUUGGAAGGGACCCCAGGAGGUCAUCUCGUCCAAUGCCCUGCUCAAAGCAAGACCAAUCCCCAAUUUUUGCCCCAGAUCCCUAAAUGACCCCCUCAGGGAUUGAACUCGCAACCGUGGGUUUAGCAGGCCAAUGCUCAAACCACUGAGCUAUCCCUUCCCACCACCCCCAUGAGUGGCCCAUUUUUGCCUUUUGCCAUUCACCCUGUUUUGAAAUUGACCCAUAUGUCCUUUCUAUCAACUCCAUUGUCCCAUGAGUAAUUCGAGUGUGCCCUUCCUACAGGGAACCAGGGAGUAUCACAUUUAUACAAUUCCUCCUAUUGCAAAGUUAUUGUCAGAGUCACCAAUGAUAGAUUGUAUCAUUGCCAGUUCUCACGUUGCUCUGGGUUGUGCUGAAGAGCAGUUAUACUGGGAACUUUUAAAAUUUUAUAUUUAAAGGAAGAGGGGUAGGGGCAGGGGGGGAAAGUGUCAUUUCAGCCUUCGUGACACUGGAAGGAGAUGGGGAGACUCAGAUUCCCUCCUUCCCCAUCACUGCAGAACGGUUACCUUUUGUCUGAGCCAUGCAGAGUUUAUCUUCAUCACGUUCUACACAUCCACUUCUCAAAGUGUCAUGUGAGGAAGAGUUCUCAGCUGUCUGUGCGUGGAGAUGAUGCUUUGACUUCUUUAAUCCUAUAUCAGUCUCUAUGACUGGAGAUGAAAGUGUCAAAGACCUGGAAGGGGAAUUCAGAUGGAUCCCAAACACAGUGUGAUUAUUUGGAGUUUAAAUCCCAGGUUCCAUUUAUUGUUAAAGCCACUUCUGGCUAAGUGGCUGUCCUGUUCUCUCUCCCACCCCUUCCCCCCCCCCCCAUUAUUUGGAUGCUAUGAUACUAAAAAUGUUGUAAAUAACAUAACUGACUCUUGAGACAGUGCUGAGUGAAGUAUGUUUGAAUGGAUCAUAGAAGAAUGUGAUGGGAGAAUCUCUUGUCCCAAUUCUGAAUAAUCAGAUGUAACCUGCUCUGAAAUUUCACUUGACACUUUCAUUGUCAUGUAUUCUAUCUCUCUGUGAUGUGGGUUUCUAUCUUUCCUGAAUACCGUUUGGUCAGCCAAACGGAUAUUAGUUCAGUUUGAUAGGAAGUAGCUCAGAUUUACUGGAGAAUUUAAGACAAACGACCAUUUGCUAAACUGAUUUUCUCACUUCAGCGUUGCUUUUUCCCCAUCCCUCCAUGAUGACGUGGAGAAAGUUCAAGUGCAGUUCUGUCAACAGCAGAGAACUCUCUAAAUCACUGCUGUUUCUUUGUCCAGUAAGUUGAACAAAGAAACAGCUAACAAAGAAACAGCCAUGAUUUAAAAUGUUCACUCAGAAAUGGUGAACAACGAGCAGAACCCCAACUAAUUGGUGGAUGUGCAUAUGAUUACAGUGUAUUUCAAUUGUUUAAGUCCAUAUUGUCUGUGAUAAUCAGGGGAGAGAAUUCCAUGGUAAGUGAUUUUGAACUAGGCAAAAUGCCCAUGUAUUUGGUUCCCAAAGCAUGUGUAACCCAGGCCCUACAGAACAGCGCUCCUAGCUAAUCCUAUGGUCUAGGAGAUGCUGCCCUUCACAACACAGAUGUUGAGGAAAUAGGAUUGAAUGAAUUUAUCCUUUGUGGGUGCUAAAAACGUGUGUGUAAAAUGAAAUCAGUUUUGGAAAAGUAAUAGCUGCAGAAAAAUCCCUAUUUUUGAAUAGAAUCUCCAGCUCUGGUAACCAAGAGGUUCUGAUCCAGGCCUGUAUCCAGUCCCUUGCCUGGAACUGUGCCACCAAAUUAAAGAAAAGCUGGGCAUGUUUUGGGAAGCUAUUCCUCACUAACACUGUUGAGAUUUUAGUGGUUUUGUAAAGGAGUCUACUUCAGAGCAUUGUAAAUGUACCCUACCCAAGGCCAUGGACUUUGAAAGAACUGGGGUGGAAAGAGUGCAUGCUCUGUUCCUGGUUUCCACCCCAGAAAAGGAAGCGAUGGUGACCAAUGACCCAAGGAAAAUGGUUUGCACAACUCCACUUCUUAGUGCAGUGUCACUGAUUACAGUUCCAGAGGAUACUAGGGCUAUACUGAGAACAAUCCUCCUUCACCGUUUGGAUCCAAAGAAAGAGAGCUUCAUAGGACGUUCCUUCCCUGUGGAUCCCAGACUGACCGCCUGAUUGGGUAACAAGGACUUUCAGGCUGUAGAAAUGAUGGUAACCUUUGAGGCAACGAAUGAGCCAGGCUCCAAUUUCAGACUCCUGGAUACUCGCAUGUUGAGUCCUGAUUCCAUGGUUUUGCAUCUGGCCCUCCGGCUACACAAUAAAGGUGAUGUUGCCACAGCUGCAGCAAUGUCGCCGUGCUGCCGUAGCACCGCUAUGAGCCGAUGGGAGAGAUCUCUCGUGUUGGACGUCAUUAGUCCAACCCCCACAAGCGGUGGUAGCUAUGUUGGCAGGAGACGCUCUCCUGCUGAUGUGGUGCUGUCUACACAGGGAGUUAGGUCUCUGUAACUAUGUUGCUCAGCGGUGUGGAUUUUUCACACCCCUGAGCUAUAUACUUUUACUGAUAAAUGUCUUUAGUGUAGACCAGACAGCUUUAUCUUUUUCAGUAUGCAUUUACAUCCCUUCUCCUCUACCUUCUCCUACUUUGAAAGAUUAAAAAGAGUGAAAAGAGGUAUUUUUCCUCAUGAUACAAACAUUCCCACCUAGGAGACCUUGUCUUGGAGAAGAACUAGAGAUAUAUGGACUCACAGAAGUGGUUGGGACAAACCACCACUUGAGCCAAGGUAUAGCUGUUGGCAGUGGGGAUUAAAAGAAAACGAACAUGUAUGACAAGAAUUUGUGAUCUUUGAAUAUGUUGUUGUUACCAAUGAGAAUGAAAUUAUAGGUGAAGUGAUUGGUUAAAGAGUAAGAGACUAAUUGUGUGAUCUGAAUUAUUUUGGAAAACUGAAAGUUGUCUUGUUUUUUGUUUUGUUAGUCGUACAGGAAAUGAUGGCUGAUCUUGAAAAGUUAAUUUGAUUUAAUUUACCCCCUGUAGUGUAAGGAGUUCUGGCAGAAAACCUCACUCCAAAGGUUGGGGUGGGAGAAAGUGUGAGAGAAAUAGUGACAGGUUUAGAGUAGCAGCCGUGUUAGUCUGUAUCCGCAAAAAGAACAGGAGGACUGGUGGCACCUUAGAGACUAACCAAUUUCUUUGAGCAUCAGCUUUCGUGAGCUACAGCUCACUUCAUCGGAUGCAUAGAAUGGAACAUAUAGUAAGAAGGGAGACACACACGCACACACAAGGUGUAAGUAGCCAUACAAACUGUGAGAGGCUAAUUAAUUAAGAUGAGCUAUUAUCAGCAGGAGGAAUCUUUCUCUGUUAAGUAUCCUCUCACCUUCUUGUCAACUGUUUAAAUGGGCGAACUUGAUUAUCACUACAGAAGUUUUUUUCUCCUGCUGAUAAUAGCUCAUCUUAAUUAAUUAGCCUCUUACAGUUUGUAUGGCAACUUCCACCGUGUGUGUG